AUGCAAGAAUACAUUGUCAGAAAUUUCUCCCACACAGACUUUGUCCUAAUUGGUUUCUCAGGACCAAGAGAGUGGAGACAACUGCUCUUUACCACCUUUCUCUUCAUGCUCUUGCUAUCUUUAGCUGCAAACUUAAUCCUUAUGUUUACCAUAAUAUCACACAAGACCUUGCAUUCUCCAAUGUAUCUGCUGAUAUGUGCAAUGUCUUUUGUUGACCUCAGUGUAAUGAUCUUCUGUGUUCCAAACAUGCUCUUCAGCCUUCUACUGAACUGGAACCAUAUAUCUCUCUUGGGUUGCUUGGUUCAGAUGUUCUUUGUUCAUAUAGCUGGUGCCUUCCAGUCUACCAUUUUGCUGUGGAUGGCACUGGAUCGAUACUUUGCCAUCUGCACUCCACUCCACUACAGAGAACAUAUGAGGUUCUCCGCUUUCCUGAAGUUUGUCAUAGUUCCUAUGCUGAGAAAUGCCUUUUUUGUCGUAGCAGUUGUAGGCCUGGCUGCAUCUCUGUCGUACUGUCAGUCCAAUGAGAUCGACCACUGUUUCUGUGAGCACAUGGCACUGGUCACACUGGCCUGUGGAUCCAUACACAUAAGCAAUGUCCUUGGACUAGUGGCUGCAUUUUGUGUCCCAACAGCUGAUUUUCUUUUGAUUACUGCCUCCUACAUUAAAAUAUUCACCUCUGUUUUUAAGUCAGGUAAAUCUAGCCAAAAAGCUCUCAGUACCUGUUUUACUCAUAUUAUUGUCAUGACUGUGAGUUUAACUUUCGUUUUAACAGCGUUUCUGUCCUACAGAAUAAAAAGUAGUAUCUCAUCUAACAGUCGUGCCAUGAUAAGUACAAUGUAUUUGCUUGUCCCUGGCUGUUUCAACCCGAUCGUUUAUGGUAUCAGAACAAAGGAAAUAAGGCAACAACUGAUGAAAGCAGUGGGCCGCAAAAUUUCUCCAUGA